AUGGCGGGGCUGCGGGGGAACUUCGCCCUAAGCACUGGGAACCCAAAUCUCGCUGAUUGCCUGGAAUUUUCAAAUUCGAACAACCCAAUCGAAAAUCAUCGGCCCGUACGAAUCUGUCUAGUAUUGCGCAAACAGGAAUCUCAAGUCCAAAUUUCUCCCACAUUGCUAAGCGGAAAUAUGGGAAUGAGGGAUAUGGACGGGAGGGUGUUGUUAAAUAUGGAGAGAUUAGGCAGGGACUCGAAGAAGCUGUGGCUCCAGUCAUUAAGCACAUCUCCCGGAAUAUCAUACCUUUCUCGGGCUGACUACUAG